AUGAUUAUUUUCCAAAAUUUUUGUAUAUUCUGGAUUCCGAAUUCAAAUGUGUAGCUUCUGCUGAGAGUUUGGCCUGUCCUUUCUGCAUUGUCUUGACAAUGGGUUCAAGACGACCGGUUUUUGGAUUUACACUAAAAUUCCUCAUCUAUCUUUCCAUUAUAUUUAAUCACAACGAAGCUAACUCCAAAAUAUUGUUAAAUAAGGGACAAAGGAUUUUCAAUGGGUUUGAAAAACUUCAGACCUCAGUGCCACUCUGUGAAUCGUUACAGCCAGAAUCGGUGGUAAAAGAGACCGCGUGCUUCUCAACUUGUGGCAUUUCCAAAGAUGAUGAGAAGAUAACCUGCAAUCCGCAGGCUGAGACCUGGAAACUUCGGUUAAAGAUUGACCACAACUCCAACAACACAACGAACAUGGGCUGCCAAGGUGACGAGAAGAGGUUCAGGUGCAUAGCAUACGAGGGGAAUGAAGGAGAGUGUGAGAAUGAAACUGCUUUGGUCUAUCCACGUGGCUAUUCCUGCUUCACAAAGUGCGGGGUAAAGACAUGUCCAAGCGAACAUUUCAAGAAUCCAAAUGAUAAGAAUGACUUAAAGGUUGCUGAUUGCACGAGUGGCUACAGAGUUCGAUGUUCGUUAUAUGAAAUGAACGAAAAUUCUAAAAUUGGGACCGGUAACUUGACGCUUGAGUUACAACUGCCAGACAACUGAU